AUGCUGCGCGCCACCCUCACCUGCCUGGAGAUGGCCCCCAAGGUCACGCACAUCCAGGACAAGCUGUUGAUCAACGGCAAGUUCGUGUCGGCAGUGUCCGGUAAGACGUUCGAGGUUGUGAACCCGGCGGAUGAAAAGGUGAUCGCGAACGUGGCGGAGGCCGAAAAGGCAGAUGUGGACCUUGCCGUGAAGGCUGCCCGGCGCGCCUUCGAGUCCUUCCGCUUGACCGACUGCCACUGGCGCCGCAAUCUGAUGCUGCGCCUGGCGGACAUCCUGGAGAAGAACAGCAAGGAGAUGGCUGCGCUGGAGAGCCUGGACAAUGGCAAGCCGUACGAGGUGGCGCUGAACGUGGACGUGGCACUUUCGGUGGAGUGCUUCCGGUACUGCGCCGGAAUCGCGGACAAGGUGAACGGCACCGUGCCGCCGCGCUCCGGCAACUUCCUCGGCAUUGUGAAGCGCCAGCCGAUCGGCGUGUGCGGCCAGAUCAUCCCGUGGAACUUUCCGCUUCUGAUGGCUGCGUUCAAGCUCAGCCCGGCGCUUGCCUUGGGCAACACAGUUGUGCUGAAGCCCGCGGAGCAGACGCCGCUGAGUGCGCUGCGCCUUGGCGAGAUGGCGAUGGAGGCCGGCUACCCGGAAGGCGUGCUGAACAUCUUGCCGGGCUUCGGCCCGACCGCAGGUGCGGAUCUUGCGCGCCACAUGAACGUGGACAAGGUUGCCUUUACGGGCUCGACCGCUGUUGGCCACCAGGUGAUGCAGAUGGCGGCGGAAACCAACCUGAAGAAGGUGUCUCUGGAGCUUGGCGGCAAGUCUGCGCUGAUCGUGUGCGAGGACGCCGACUUGGAGGAGGCGGCGCAGGUGGCGACGACCGGUGUCUACUUCAACACGGGUCAGGUGUGCACAGCGUCGUCGCGCAUUUACGCGCACGAGUCCGUGUACGACGAGUUCGUGUCGCGUCUGCGCAAGAACGCGGAGGCGCGCAGGGUGGGACCGGGCAACGACACGGCGAACAAUAUGGGCCCAUUGGUGUCGAAGAAGCAGCACGAGCGGGUGCUCACGUACAUCGAGGACGGUGUGAGGGCUGGCGCGACGGUGGUGACUGGCGGCAAGCGGAUCGGCGACAAGGGCUAUUUCGUGCAGCCGACCAUAUUUGCGGACGUGAAGGAGGACAUGCGGAUCUACAAGGAGGAGAUCUUUGGCCCCGUAACGUGCGUGAUGAAGUUCAAGGACAUGGAUGAGGUUGUGAAGCGGGCGAACAACAGUGUCUACGGGCUCGCUGCUGGCAUCUGCACGCGCAGCAUGGACACGGCACUCCGCUAUUCGACGUACCUCGACGCCGGCACGGUGUGGGUGAACACCUGGAACGACUUCUGCGUCUCGAUGCCGUUUGGCGGCUUCAAGCAGAGCGGCAUUGGCCGAGAGCUCGGCAAGGAAGUCGUUGACAUGUACACGGAGCCGAAGGCGAUUCACUUUGCUCUCAAGGGGCCCAUCGUCAAGCCAUAA